AUGUCGAGCAAUAUUGUGAUAGAUGCCACCAAAGACGAAUUAUUUUAUACAUUAGAUCUACAACACCAAGGACAUAGCAACUUGUCCGGAGAAAGAAGCUUCCGUAAGCUAAGACCAAGUUUUACUAAGGAAGAAUCAAAAUUCUUACUGGAGCUCAUGGCAAAAUACAAAUCUGUGUUGAUCGACAAAAACAAAGGAUUUGUGACUGUCGAACAAAGGAGGGAAGCCUGGCAGAACAUCGCCGAUGAACUAAACAGCAUCAACCCUAACGUUCAUCGCUCUUGUGACGAGGUGAAGAAACGCUGGCAAAACCUGGUCUAUCAAGCCACCAAAGAUUCACAGAAGCUGAAGGGUUUUUACCCUGGCGAAUCUCCCCGUGUGUCGGAGGUGAGCAUGGGCAUCUUGACUCUAAUCGAAGAAUGGCCCGAUUCGAUGGAUGGCCAGGCAGGCAGUAAUGCUUCCGGCUGCAAGCUUGAGUUUGACGUUGGCGAUAAUGAGGACGAUAACACGAGCACCAUGAUUUCCGACAGCCCUCACUCCCACCACGAUGAACAGAACACUUCAUUUGGGAUGAACAGUUCCACUGCUGCUUGUGUCUUGAGACGUAAUUCUGCUGACAAGAGAGAUUCCUUUGUGCCAGUGAAUACUUCUGAGACCAUGAUCCAGCCAGCUUUUCCACAAAGAGGCACAGAUUUAGGACCUUCGGGACAGAAGUCACAGCAUCAGGGCAGCUUUAAUGAGGCAUCGUCCUUACUGCCUGAUGCACUGUCCGUGACGUCUGCUCCUGUAAGGUCAAAAUACCUACACCCGGCUUAUCGUGAUGCCUCCCUCUCAUCACAAAGUUUUGAUGUCUCUGGUGGGCCGUCUGCCAAGAGGCGGUGUUUUGACUUCUUUUCGGGAAACCGUGACCUAGAGAGCGAUGUUUUCGGUGCUGAUGCUGAUACAGUUCUACUUGACAAAGAAAAAUUAAGAUUUGACACCGAAAAACUUGAAAUGGCUAAAGAGCAUCUUUCAAUUGAAAGACAAAAGCUUAACAUGGAAAAGGAAAAGUUUGCUAUGGAAAUGGAAUUGGAACACGAUAAACUGCGUUUUGAAAGGGAACGAUUUGCAGCUGAAAAAGAAAGAGACAGACAACAGCUAAUAAUGGAAAAGGAAAAGUUUUUCUUUUUCAAAGAGCAAGAGAAAGAAAGGACUCGUUUAAACAAGGAACAGCAUGAAACUGAAAAGCAAAUGUUAUCUUUGGAAAAAGAGAAAUUAUCUCUGGAGAUACGUUUCUGGAAGAGAAAGCUGUUGCAGUCAUCGAGUGUUAACCAUGAUGAGAGUGAAGAACAUUCUACACACAACAAUGUUGACCACUAAAUUUACAACCAUUUUCAUCAGACCAUCCUUCAAAAAAUCAGUUUACUGUAGUUAACCCAGCCCAACAUGUUUGUAAUGGAGUGCUUGGUAUUUUAUUUGUGUCAGUAUAAAAAUACAGAUAUCCCUCAAAACUUGACCCUUUGUAAACAAGAAUUUUCUCAAAACCGGACUUUUUUCACUGUCCCUUUUUAAAUAUCGGUACAGAACAGAACCUCACUAAACUGGACACUCCUUAAACCAGACUUUUUACUUGUUCCUGUGGGUAUCCGGUUUAGAGGGGUUUCACUGUUUAUUGUGUAAAAGGACAGAAAGAGCUGUAAAGGAAAUUAUGAUUUAAAAAAAUAAAUGGGUUGGGAUGAUUUUUAUGAGUUAAUCUGAUUGCAAAAUAUAGUAUACAGUGGACUCUGUUCAGACCGGCAUCUGUGUACGGCCAAACAAAAUAAUAGUUUAAGCGACCAUCCCUAGAAAAACUUACCAUAAUGAUUUCAAAGAAAAUCACAUGUAUACUCAACAACAAAAGUUUAGCUAAUGUUAAAAGAAAUGGCAUAACAUUUAUAAAUUAACCAAUUUUUAUUAAUUAGUAUUCAGAUC